AUGGCAGGCGACCUUACGCAAUGGGUGGCUCCAUUGGUGGCAUCUGGAGAUGUAGCAUCCUUCAAGGACCCUCACUUGGACGCUCCAUAUGACUUGCUGCUGCGCCUGGCUCGCCUCGCCCUCACCUGCAUGGCCAUGCCCACGGCCUCCCGCCCCACCAUGGGUCGCGUGUUGGGGGAUCUUCUGGGCAUGAAGGAGGAGGUGCUUGGGGAGGCUGAGGCGCACAGAGCAGCAUGCCGCAUUGACAGGGAGAUUGGCAGCUCAGCGGCUCACACGGUGGACUUUGAUGCCCAGCUGGCUCGUGUGGAGCAGAUGGGAACUCAGGGCCGUUCAGCUAGUGAUGCAUGA